UCACGAUGCAGACAUCAGAGACUGGGUCGGAUACAGGUUCAACUGUGACUUUACAGACAUCUGUGGCUGGCCAGGCAGCAGUGCCCACACAGGUAGUACAGCAAGUACCAGUUCAGCAACAGGUACAGCAAGUGCAGACUGUGCAACAGGUGCAGCAUGUCUACCCAGCCCAGGUUCAGUAUGUGGAGGGAAGUGACACAGUCUACACUAAUGGAGCUAUCCGAUCAACAACUUAUCCUUACACAGAAACCCAGAUGUACAGCCAAAACACUGGGGGAAAUUACUUUGAUACUCAAGGAAGUUCUGCACAGGUGACAACAGUGGUCUCGUCUCAUAGCAUGGUGGGCACUGGAGGGAUUCAGAUGGGUGUCACAGGAGGACAACUCAUUAGCAGCUCAGGAGGGACCUAUCUGAUUGGCAAUUCAAUGGAAAAUUCUGGUCAUUCAGUGACUCAUACAACGCGGGCCUCCCCAGCAACAAUUGAAAUGGCGAUUGAGACACUGCAAAAGUCUGAUGGUCUGUCCACUCACAGAAGCUCUCUUCUCAACAGCCAUCUUCAAUGGCUUUUAGACAACUAUGAAACUGCAGAAGGAGUGAGCCUUCCAAGAAGUACGCUUUACAACCAUUACUUACGACAUUGUCAGGAACACAAGUUGGAUCCAGUCAAUGCUGCCUCCUUUGGAAAACUCAUACGGUCAAUCUUCAUGGGAUUACGAACCAGAAGACUUGGAACUAGGGGAAACUCCAAAUAUCAUUACUAUGGGAUUCGUGUCAAGCCAGACUCUCCUCUUAAUCGACUACAAGAGGACAUGCAAUAUAUGGCUAUGAGACAACAGCCCAUGCAGCAGAAACAGAGGUAUAAGCCUAUGCAGAAAGUGGAUGGAGUUGCAGAUGGCUUCACAGGAAGUGGUCAACAGACAGGCACAUCUGUUGAACAAACUGUAAUUGCCCAAAGUCAACACCAUCAACAGUUUUUAGAUGCAUCUCGAGUACUUCCAGAGUUUGGAGAAGUUGAAAUAUCUUCUCUACCAGAUGGUACUACCUUUGAGGACAUCAAAUCACUGCAGAGUCUUUAUCGAGAGCACUGUGAGGCAAUACUGGAUGUGGUUGUGAAUCUUCAAUUCAGCCUGAUAGAAAAAUUGUGGCAAACUUUCUGGCGCUAUUCUCCCUCUGCUCCACCUGAUGGCACUACUAUUACUGAACCAAGCAAUCUGAGUGAAAUAGAAAGUCGACUUCCAAAGGCAAAGCUGAUUACUCUGUGCAAGAAUGAGUCUAUUCUGAAAUGGAUGUGUAACUGUGACCAUGUGAUGUACCAGGCUUUGGUGGAGAUCCUCAUUCCUGAUGUCCUUAGACCUAUUCCUAGUGCCUUGACCCAAGCCAUUCGCAAUUUUGCAAAAAGCCUUGAAGGUUGGCUUUCAAAUGCCAUGAACAAUAUUCCACAGAGGAUGAUACAAACCAAGGUUGCCGCUGUAAGUGCCUUUGCCCAGACUCUGCGAAGAUACACAUCUCUUAAUCACCUGGCUCAAGCAGCUCGUGCUGUGCUUCAAAACACUUCUCAAAUCAACCAGAUGCUCAAUGAUCUUAACCGUGUUGAUUUUGCCAAUGUUCAGGAGCAGGCUUCCUGGGUGUGCCAGUGUGAUGACAACAUGGUUCAGAGACUAGAAACAGAUUUCAAGAUGACUCUUCAACAGCAGAGCACUCUGGAGCAGUGGGCUGCCUGGCUUGAUAAUGUAAUGAUGCAAGCAUUGAAACCAUACGAAGGAAGACCCAGCUUUCCUAAAGCAGCACGGCAAUUUCUGUUAAAAUGGUCUUUCUACAGCUCAAUGGUGAUUCGAGAUUUAACCUUGCGCAGUGCUGCUAGCUUUGGCUCUUUUCAUCUGAUCCGCUUGCUUUACGAUGAAUACAUGUUUUACUUAGUAGAACAUCGUGUUGCUCAGGCAACAGGAGAGACACCUAUUGCAGUUAUGGGAGAGUUUGGUGAUUUAAAUGCUGUGUCCCCUGGAAAUAUGGACAAAGAUGAGGGCAGCGAAGUUGAAAGUGAAAUAGAUGAAGAGCGGGAUGAAAAUGGAGAGCCACAAGCCAAGAGGGAGAAAACAGAGCUGAACCAGGCGUUCCAGGUGGGCUGCAUGCAGCCAGUGCUUGAGAGUGGAGUACAGCAGAACCUCCUGAGCCCAAUUCAUAACGAGCACAUUGUUGCAACUACUCAGACUAUCAGACAAUGCAGUGCUACUGGAAAUACAUAUACUGCAGUCUAAUAUGAAACCUCCUCCCCCGCACCCGACACACACCCCAUUACACUAGCCCGUUCGGU